AUGGCCGAACAAAUUCCCACCUUUAAGCUUGUGCUUACCACUUUCGUCAAGCGUCACUUGACUGGAGAAUUCGAGAAGAAGUACAUUGCCACUCUGGGUGUGGAAGUUCACCCUCUUGGCUUCACCACCAACUUGGGAGCUAUUCAGUUCGAUGUCUGGGAUACCGCUGGUCAGGAAAAGUUCGGCGGUCUUCGUGAUGGAUACUACAUCAACGGCCAGUGCGGCAUCAUCAUGUUCGACGUGACGUCUCGUAUUACCUACAAGAACGUUCCCAACUGGCAUCGUGAUCUGGUCCGAGUCUGCGAGAACAUCCCCAUCGUUCUCUGUGGUAACAAGGUCGACGUCAAGGAGCGCAAGGUCAAGGCGAAGACCAUCACAUUCCACCGCAAGAAGAACCUUCAAUACUACGACAUUUCUGCCAAAUCCAACUACAACUUUGAGAAACCUUUCUUGUGGCUUGCUCGUAAGCUUGUUGGUAACCAGACUCUGGAAUUCGUCGCUGCUCCCGCUCUGGCUCCUCCCGAGGUCCAGGUCGACCCCGAAGUUAUGGCCAAAUACCAGCAGGAGCUUACAGAUGCCGCUGCUCAACCUCUCCCCGACGAGGAGGAUGCCGACCUGUAA